GGCGGCGGCGGCGGCGGCGGCUGGGCGCGCGCGCUCGCCCGCCCGCUCCGCGCCCUCCCCCGCGCCGGGCCCGCUCCUCCCCACCGGCGAUGUGCGCUCGGGCGGCUGCUGCCGCUGCCGCUGCAGUGGUCACAGCGGCGCGGAGGGAGGCGGCAGCGGCUCCGCGAGAGUCUGGUGCAGCCAGGACGGAUGGAGACGCCAGGAGGGGCCGCCCCCCCGGAGCUGGCCCAGGAAGCCCUGAAACCGGAGGGGCUGGCCCCCGUUACCCUCUCCCUGCACGGGCUGGCAGAAGAGCCCCACAGCUCUCUGGCUGAGGAGGAAGGCGGGAUCCCGGUCCCCACUUCAGGGCUGCUGCAGGUUGCAGAGCGCCGGCAACCCCUGAGCAGCGUUUCGUCCCUCGAGGUGCACUUCGACCUGCUGGACCUCACGGAGCUGACAGACAUGUCUGACCAGGAGCUGGCUGAGGUCUUUGCGGACUCUGACGAUGAAAACGUAGCCCGUGAGCCCCCUGCUGGCCUGCAUCCCCACCCAACCCCCCGAGCCGGCUACCUCCGCUCCCCCUCCUGGACGAGGACAAAAGCUGAGCCGGGGCGUGAGAAGAAGCACCUCAGCGAUUCCGAGCUCCAAGCGGGCCCUUUCCUGGCUGUGGAAAAGCCGAAGGAUGAGUAACAGGGAGGGCACCCAGGAGCCCCGCCAAGGUGCCAACGUCCACUCUUGUGCUAUCCGUCAUUUGGAAUCUGAAGGGAUUUGUUCAUUUCUCCUACGCGGCCAGGACCAGCCAGGACUUUUGCGAACUGUGCCAAGUGCCACCCCCUUCCUCCUUGCCCAGCACUUACUUUGCCAAUCUCCUUUUGUGACCUCCCCCCACAGCAGACACCCUGCUGGCCUUCCCAUUUCCUGCAGGCACUUUGAACCUUCCCCAGCUCCCUUCGGCUGGGGGAGGCAGACUGAGGAGGGGGCACCCACCACCUUGCUGGGGAGCUGGGGGCGAGGGCUGCUUGAGCCCUGAAUGAGGCGGCAUCCUCUUCUGCCACGUGCCUUGAGUGCUGCUGGGGUGAGCCAGGAAGCUCCUCACCAAGACAAGGUACCCAUCAUACCAAAGGAACCAAGGGGAAAACAUAGCACCUGUUCUGCAGCACCUCUGGGGUCUGAUGCAAAGCGUGAAUUCCUGGGCAUCCUUAAGAACUGCUGCUCUGCCGGGCAAGAGUGCCCUGGUCUCACUUCUAAGCACAUGCUGUUCCCUGUGGCCUUAACUCUUGCCCACUGCUCCAGAGCUUUGUGCAGCGCCCAGCACCAACGCAGCUGGCACCAACUUCAGCCGGGCUCUGGGAUAUCCCACUGGAGUGGAUGCCCACCCGUAUCACAGUGGUGUGCCUUCCUCCAUGGAAAGGCUCUUCUUGAGAAAAAGCUGGCCGGGGGCGUGGUGUGGCAUGGCAUGGCUGGCAAGAUGCAGGGCCCAGACUGCUGAUGUAGCUGCUCACCAACCUCCCCGGUGCUCGACAGACCCAAGCCAAGCCAGGCGUGCGAUGGGCAGUGAAGCAGAAUCCCAGGUGCUUCCAGAACCCGCACCCGUAAAACAGACCUUUUUUGAUGAAAAAUGAGUAUGGCUCAGGCUGCUAGUUGAGAGCAGAGGCCUAGAGGCCUUCCCCCGUGGAUAAAAGCUCAAGUAUCCCCCCCAAUCAAGAUGGGGCCCUAUUGGAGCCACAGGAGAGCAAGCCAGCCUCCUGCAGGCUUCCAAGCAAGAGUUCCCUGUGAGUUUGCCUUUUCCCUUGCAGUCACCGAACCUCCAGGACUCCAGCUAUUUCAGAAUUCAUCAGUUUCACGUCCUCCGUGGUCCCCACAGCAUAGCUUCGUCUUCUCUGUAAGAAUGGGGGGAGAUGGGCUGGGGGAUGCUAGAAGGGCAGACUCUGAGCCCAGCCUCCCUCCCCACCCCCUGGAUGCACCCAUUUUGCCUGUGUGGCUCAAGAUAGAACAACAGUUUGCCUUCCCCAACUCAUGUCAUUUAAAGUAUUUUACCUAGUUCAGCCAGGAAAAGACUAAACCAUUGGAUCUUAGUUGCUAUUAAACCCAGUUUUAUGAGGGGGGAGCUGUUCUCGGGGACCUUCAGCAAGGGGGCUGGCUGGUGGACACUGCUGGCUCUGCACCUCACCCCCCGUGGUCCUGUGGCCUCUGCCCAGCCUCUCCCAGACUGUCAGACCAGGAGAGGCCGCCCAGCCGGCCACCCUGGCCUUGCCCACUCAGACCGUCCUUGGCCUGCAGCCCCUCAUCUUCAGUGGCAGUUGGCCAAGGAGAAUGAACCCCCAGCAGAGCCAGGCUGGUCUCCUUCUCUGGCUUUGCAAGAUGCUCAACUCCAGACGCCCCACUUGGAGACUUUCGCUGCGGCUGGGCUGAGCAGCCUUGGAGCGCCCUGCACCGGGAAGGCCUGGCCAUCCUGCCACUCCAAGAAAAAAGCAUCUCUUCACUACAGUGCAACCCAGGUGGAAAAGCCAGAGGGCUCUGGCGCCUGACCUCACGGGAAACCUGACUGAAGGGGGCCCGGCAGCAGCCGCUUCCCCCAAUUCAGCCAUUAGCCUAAAGGCUGUUCAGAGUCAAGUCUUUCCAGGACUCACAUCCCUGUGAAAUCCAAGUCACUCUGAGGCGAGUGCCAGUGUAGUUCUGCUCCCAAAGGAGGUGGGGGCUGGGGUGGGCUGCCUUCUUGCUGCAACAAGGAAUAGGUGGCCAGACAGCAUUCAGCAUCCUGAGCUGCCAGAGGCAAGAGAGAAGCACCUGUGAUGCUGCCCUUUGCUUCUCCUCGCUGCAACUGCUCCACAGGGCCGUGAAACGGAGAGCAGGCUCUGUGGGCGGCACCUUCAGCUUCCAGGGUCCAGCCACUUGGGCUUGGAGGCACACAUCUGGCUUGCUGGAAGAACAGCUCCCGAGGCUGCCUGCAUUAUGUCCAACUCGGAGGCAAAACCCGUAUUCAGAGGCUUUGUUUUGGGGCUUUUUUCCCAAACCACAGAAAUAAAAACUUCCCCUGGGCCGAUAGCAAGAACAGCCUACAGCUCUCUGUCUCCUUUUGGGCCACCUAGAGGGACCAAAGCAAGCUCCUUCACGGUGAACGCCCUGAAUGAUACCUACCCCCAGGCCACACAGGCCGG